ACGUUGCGUCGUGCAUAAGAAUAGUCCUUAGGCUUGGUAUAUUGGCCAUAUACCACACCACCUCGGGCCUUAUUGCUUAAGUAACACUACAGUCUUUGUUUAUUGUCUAAUGUCCCAGUCAGUGUCAGAGAGCUGCAGGUAGAAUCCCCUGUCCUUCCAGCUGCAUGUGGCUGCAGUGCAUUAUGUUUUCCUAUCUCUCCUCUUCUCUCCGUUUCAUCCCUCUCUUCAUCCCUCUGUUUAUUAGGUGUUGCCUGUGGGCUCAGAUCAGGCUCAGGCUGGCCCCCCUCCUCCCUCAGACCACAUGGCACCCUUCCCAGGACCCUGUCUAACUCAGUCCCAGCAGCCUCUGGAAGACCUGGAUGCCCAGCUGAGGAGGGCCCUGAGCCCAGAGACGGUCUCUGUCAGCUGUGUCACCACACAGUCCUCCCUCACUGGGAUGCCUGCAGGUGGCCAGCCAGUGCCUUUCUCUCUGGAAGGGGAACCAAUCAUGUCGCCUAUUGCUGGAGGAUUCCAAAUGGGACGAUUCCAGGUCUCUGUGGCUGCAGACCAGGGUCCCCACAAAAUCGAGGGUGGGAGCCCCACAAAAUCCUCCUCCACCUCCUCUUCCUCCUCCUCUUCCUCCAGCCCGGAGAACACACUGCACAAUGUCUCCUCCCCUCUCCACGGAGGUAAGACUGGUGGGGGAGAUGUUGUGGACGGCCUGCCCUCCCUCCCCCACCGGACCGCCUCCCCUCAGCCCACCACCAUUGGCCGCUUCCAGGUCACCACCAACGCCCUGGAUGCCAGGGUGGGCCGCUUCUCAGUGAGCCGAGCCCAGGAUGAGGCAGCCGAGGCUGGGUUGGAGCAAACACCCGCUUCCCAGGCUAACGGGCCUAGUAUUGAUCCUGGCUCGGCCACCGUGCUCUUCAGCCCAGAGGACAAACAGAGCUCCCUGCCCAGCCUCAACAACUCCUACAUGAGCUCUGAUAACGACUCUGAGUUUGAGGACGAGGACUUGAAGAGGGAGGUCAACCGGUUACGGGAAAAGCACAUGAAGGAGAUCCAGGCCCUGCACACCAAGCAGAAGGAUGAGAUUGACUCCCUGUUCGCCAGGCUGGGCAAGGUGCCUCCAGCCGUGGUGGUCCCUCCAGCUGUAGCCCUGGCCGGUCGCAGGAGACGACCCACCAAAAGCAAGAGCAGCAAGUCCAGCCGCUGCAGCUCCUCCCAGGGCAGCAAGAGCCCCCUGCAACCAGGCAGCACUUUAUCUGCACAGAGCGCCCCCUCAGUGUACCCACCCUACCAGGCUCUCCUCCUGGCCCCUGGGGGCCUCCCCGACCCCAACCUCCACCCUGCCUCGGGGAGCCGACCCCGGCCCCUCAAGCAUCUCGGCCCCUCCAGUGAAAACCUGUGCUCUGCCUACACCAGCGAAGCUACGCUGUCCGUGCCCAGUCUCUGUGCCCCCACCCAAGGCUGUGUUACGUUCAGCUGUGGGUCGGAGAGAGUGACCAUCAAACCAGGUGGUGGCAGAAGGACCCGUUUUCUGAGUACGCCCUGCUUGGCUCUUUGGAAGAUGGUGAAAAAAGUCUGCCCCUGCAACCAACUCUGUAGGACCAGCAGCACCAACACAGUGAGUGGUCCAGGAGGCCAGGGUCCAGGAGACCAGGGUUCAGGGGGUCAGAACCAGGGCCAGCCUUCUCCCAACCCCCCUCAACAGGGCCGGAAGGGCACGUUCACCGACGACCUGCACAAGCUGGUUGACAACUGGGCCCGCGACGCCAUCAGUCUGUCCCAGGGCAAGAGUCGCUCCAAACAGCAACCCUCACAGGGACACAGCUACCAGGCGACCCCGUCCACCAACAAGGGCCGUAAGUUCUCCGCCCCGAGUCAGCUGUGCCCCAGCAACGCCUCUUCCACCCCCGCUACCUCUCUGGGGGGCCGCAAGGGCUCCUUGUGUCCCCCUCCCCAGUACGGCGGGGUCGGGGCAUGCUACCCCUCCUCCACUGCACCUUACAGCAGCGCCCAGUGGGUGGGAUCCACGGGGUCCACAGGGCCGGGACAGGGUCAGGCCGGUAUGUUAGCCUCCUCUCAGCCCCUGGUUGCCUCCUCCUCGCAGUACCCCUCCUCUGCCACAGGGGGGCAGGGCUCCCUGCAGGGCUUCCAUCACAUCAGCACUUUGCAGAAAUCCGUCAGCAACCCUGGAGGCCCCAACCUGAGGACCACGUAGUGGCCAUGAGGGGAUGUUAGCCAUGCCGGGCUGAGAGACUGACAGACUGAGGGAGAGAGACAUGAGGAGAGAAGGGUGUCUGUGUUACAAGGGGGAGAGGGGUGUCUGUGUUACAAGGGGGAGAGGGGUGUCUGUGUUACAAGCGACAUCAUGGUUGGUGGGACUGUAUUGAAUGUGAAUGAGCUGGCUGUGAAGAAGAGGAGGAGCAGGAGAGAGGAGAGUCAGCUGCUGUGUGUAAUGGUGCACCACUCUGCCCUCUUCUGUCUCCCUGAAGGAUAACAGGAGAGGGACACACUUCCCCUCCCCCCCCCCACCCCGAGGUCAACUGUGGGCCUUGGGGGUCGAAGAAAGACGCAAAACGCGACAAGGAAUAUCAAUGGACACGAGUGCAAUGUUAUGUGGCCAAAGAGGGUUAAUGUGACAAUUACUAUUGUAAAAUGUGUGUGUGUGUGUGGUGAUGGGCUUUGUUCCUUCACUGUGACUGGCUUUUACAUGUACUCUGUAGUAGAGACCAGAUCCUUGUACUGAUCUCAGAGAGGAGGGAUGGAGGAUAGUAACAGACCGGGGGGGGGGUGUACUUAUUGUUGGGGAGCUGCAGUACAUAGCUAACCCCCUUUCUCCUCUCACCUAUCUGAACCCCCCCUGCCUGUUCAGCUCCUCCUGUUGGUAACUGACCUCCAGAACAGAGCUUUAAGUGACCGUACAGUACUAUACAGCUCCUCCUGUUGGUAACUGACCUCCAGAACAGAGCUUUAAGUGACUGUACAGUACUAUACAGCUCCUCCUGUUGGUAAUUGACCUCCAGAACAGAGCUUUAAGUGACUGUACAGUACUAUACAGCUCCUCCUGUUGGUAACUGACCUCCAGAACAGAGCUUUAAGUGACUGUACAGUACUAUACAGCUCCUCCUGUUGGUAACUGACCUCCAGAACAGAGCUUUAAGUGACUGUACAGUACUAUACAGCUCCUCCUGUUGGUAACUGACCUCCAGAACAGAGCUUUAAGUGACUGUACAGUACUAUACAGCUCCUCCUGUUGGUAACUGACCUCCAGAACAGAGCUUUAAGUGACUGUACAGUACUAUACAGCUCCUCCUGUUGGUAACUGACCUCCAGAACAGAGCUUUAAGUGACUGUACAGUACUAUACAGCUCCUCCUGUUGGUAACUGACCUCCAGAACAGAGCUUUAAGUGACUGUACAGUACUAUACAGCUCCUCCUGUUGGUAACUGACCUCCAGAACAGAGCUUUAAGU